AUGUCUCUGGCACAUUAUUGUUUACUACUAGCCAUCGUCACAUUGCUGGGAUUAACUAAUGUUGUCUCUGCGACUACAGCGGCAUGCCUGCCAGCAAACUCAAGGAAGAAUGGUAUGAAUGUAAACUUUUACCAGUAUUCAUUGAGAGAUUCCUCCACAUAUUCGAAUGCAGCAUAUAUGGCUUAUGGAUAUGCCUCAAAAACUAAACUGGGUUCUGUCGGAGGACAAACUGAUAUCUCGAUUGAUUAUAAUAUUCCUUGUGUUAGUUCAUCAGGCACAUUUCCUUGUCCUCAAGAAGAUUUAUAUGGUAAUUGGGGAUGCAAAGGAAUUGGUGCUUGUUCUAAUAAUCCAAUAAUUGCAUACUGGAGUACUGAUUUAUUUGGUUUCUAUACUACCCCAACAAACGUAACCCUAGAAAUGACAGGUUAUUUUUUACCACCACAGACGGGUUCUUACACAUUCAAGUUUGCUACAGUUGACGACUCUGCAAUUCUAUCAGUCGGUGGUAGCAUUGCGUUCGAAUGUUGUGCACAAGAACAACCUCCCAUCACGUCGACUAACUUCACCAUCAAUGGUAUCAAGCCAUGGAAUGGAAGUCCCCCUGAUAAUAUUACAGGGACUGUCUACAUGUAUGCUGGUUUCUAUUAUCCAAUGAAGAUUGUUUACUCAAAUGCCGUUGCCUGGGGUACACUUCCAAUUAGUGUGACACUACCAGAUGGCACUACCGUUAGUGAUGACUUUGAAGGGUACGUAUAUACUUUUGACAACAAUCUAAGCCAGCCAAACUGUACCAUUCCAGACCCUUCAAAUUAUACUGUCAGUACUACCAUAACUACAACGGAACCAUGGACCGGUACUUUCACUUCUACAUCUACUGAAAUGACCACCGUCACCGGUACCAACGGCGUUCCAACUGACGAAACCGUCAUUGUCAUCAGAACUCCAACAACUGCUAGCACCAUCAUAACUACAACUGAGCCAUGGAACAGCACUUUUACCUCUACUUCUACCGAAUUGACCACAGUCACUGGCACCAAUGGUGUACGAACUGACGAAACCAUCAUUGUAAUCAGAACACCAACAACAGCCACUACUGCCAUAACUACAACUGAGCCAUGGAACAGCACUUUUACCUCUACUUCUACCGAAUUGACCACAGUCACCGGUACCAAUGGUUUGCCAACUGAUGAGACCAUCAUUGUCAUCAGAACACCAACAACAGCCACUACUGCCAUGACUACAACUCAGCCAUGGAACGACACUUUUACCUCUACUUCUACCGAAUUGACCACAGUCACCGGUACCAAUGGUUUGCCAACUGAUGAGACCAUCAUUGUCAUCAGAACACCAACAACAGCCACUACUGCCAUGACUACAACUCAGCCAUGGAACGACACUUUUACCUCUACUUCUACCGAAUUGACCACAGUCACCGGUACCAAUGGUUUGCCAACUGAUGAGACCAUCAUUGUCAUCAGAACACCAACAACAGCCACUACUGCCAUGACUACAACUCAGCCAUGGAACGACACUUUUACCUCUACAUCCACUGAAAUCACCACCGUCACCGGUACCAAUGGUUUGCCAACUGAUGAGACCAUCAUUGUCAUCAGAACACCAACAACAGCCACUACUGCCAUGACUACAACUCAGCCAUGGAACGACACUUUUACCUCUACAUCCACUGAAAUGACCACCGUCACCGGUACCAACGGUUUGCCAACUGAUGAAACCAUCAUUGUCAUCAGAACACCAACAACAGCCACUACUGCCAUAACUACAACUGAGCCAUGGAACAGCACUUUUACCUCUACAUCCACUGAAAUGACCACCGUCACCGGUACCAACGGUUUGCCAACUGAUGAAACCAUCAUUGUCAUCAGAACACCAACAACAGCCACUACUGCCAUAACUACAACUCAGCCAUGGAACGACACUUUUACCUCUACAUCCACUGAAAUGACCACCGUCACCGGUACCAACGGUUUGCCAACUGAUGAAACCAUCAUUGUCAUCAGAACACCAACAACAGCCACUACUGCCAUGACUACAACUCAGCCAUGGAACGACACUUUUACCUCUACAUCCACUGAAAUCACCACCGUCACCGGUACCAACGGUUUGCCAACUGAUGAGACCAUCAUUGUCAUCAGAACACCAACAACAGCCACUACUGCCAUGACUACAACUCAGCCAUGGAACGACACUUUUACCUCUACAUCCACUGAAAUGACCACCGUCACCGGUACCAACGGCGUUCCAACUGACGAAACCGUCAUUGUCAUCAGAACUCCAACUAGUGAAGGUCUAAUCAGCACCACCACUGAACCAUGGACUGGUACUUUCACCUCUACAUCCACUGAGAUGACCACCGUCACCGGUACUAACGGUCAACCAACUGACGAAACCGUGAUUGUUAUCAGAACUCCAACCAGUGAAGGUUUGGUUACAACUACAACCGAGCCAUGGACCGGUACUUUCACCUCUACAUCUACUGAGAUGACCACCAUCACUGGAACCAACGGUCAACCAACUGAUGAAACUGUCAUUAUUGUCAAAACUCCAACUACUGCCAUCUCAUCCAGUUUGUCAUCUUCUUCAGGACAAAUCACCAGCUUUAUCACGUCUGCGCGUCCAAUUAUUACCCCAUUCUAUCCUAGCAAUGGAACUUCUGUGAUUUCCUCCUCAGUAAUUUCUUCCUCAGACACUUCUUCUCUAGUCAUUUCUUCCUCAGUCACUUCUUCUCUAGUCACUUCUUCUCCAGUCAUUUCUUCUUCAUUCAUUUCUUCCCCUGUCAUUUCUUCUACAACAACCUCCGCUUCUAUACUCUCUGAAUCAUCUAAAUCAUCCGUCAUUCCAACCAGUAGUUCCACCUCUGGUUCUUCUGAGAGCGAAACGGGUUCAGCUAGUUCUGCCUCUUCUUCCUCUUCUAUCUCUUCUGAAUCACCAAAGUCUACAUAUUCGUCUUCAUCAUUACCACCUGUUACCAGUGCAACAACAAGUCAGGAAAUUACUUCUUCAUUACCACCUGUUACCACUACAAAAACGAGCGAACAAACCACUUUGGUUACCGUGACAUCCUGCGAAUCUCAUGUGUGCACUGAAUCUAUCUCCUCUGCGAUUGUUUCCACGGCCACCGUUACUGUUAGCGGUGCCACAACAGAGUAUACCACAUGGUGCCCUAUUUCUACCACAGAGAUAACAAAGCAAACUACGGAGACAACAAAGCAAACCAAGGGGACAACAGAGCAAACCACAGAAACAACAAAACAAACCACAGUAGUUACAAUUUCUUCUUGUGAAUCUGACGUAUGCUCUAAGACUGCUUCUCCAGCCAUUGUAUCUACAAGCACUGCUACUAUUAAUGGCGUUACCACAGAAUACACAACAUGGUGUCCUAUUUCCACCACAGAAUCGAAGCAACAAACUACGCUAGUUACUGUUACUUCCUGCGGAUCUGGUGUGUGUUCCGAAACUACUUCACCUGCCAUUGUUUCGACGGCCACGGCUACUGUGAAUGAUGUUGUUACGGUCUAUUCUACAUGGAGGCCACAGACUACGAAUGAACAGUCUGUCAGCUCUAAAAUGAACAGUGCUACCAGUGAGACAACAACCAAUACUGGAGCUGCUGAGACAACUACCAGUACUGGAGCUGCUGAGACGAAAACAGUAGUCACCUCUUCAAUUUCAAGAUUCAAUCAUGCUGAAACACAGACGGCUUCCGCGACCGAUGUGAUUGGUCACAGCAGUAGUGUUGUUUCUGUAUCCGAAACUGGCAACACCAAGAGUCUAACAAGUUCCGGGUUGAGUACUAUGUCGCAACAGCCUCGUAGCACACCAGCAAGUAGCAUGGUAGGAUCUAGUACAGCUUCUUUAGAAAUUUCAACGUAUGCUGGCAGUGCCAACAGCUUACUGGCCGGUAGUGGUUUAAGUGUCUUCAUUGCGUCCUUAUUGCUGGCAAUUAUUUAA